AUGACUACCCCCUUAUCCUCCUUGACACCCUCGCGCCAGAACUCCCGAGCCUUCUCGCCGAGCUAUGGCAAACCUGCGUUCGCUGUAGAGGAGGACGAUAUGGAUGCGCCCGAGGAUCCCUUAUCAAGCCCCUUCAAAGUGUCGACAGAAGUCCAGGAAGAUCCCAUCCCUGAGCACGAAUUCUACGAAUCGCACGACGAUCAGGGAAUGGAUAAUGAGGACGUUGAAUCGGUGAUGCCAGCACCUAGCUCGCCGUUCCAAUUUAAUGCAAGAGAAGAGACUGUGGACUUUCAGAGACUGCGGGCCCUUAAUCGGCAGGUGUCUCCGGGGGGGUUCGGGGACCACUCCAUGACGCCUAGAAAGCGCUCCUACGAACAAGUCCCUGACGAUACGGAUGGAGAUGUGACCCCCAAUGAUAGAUACAAGAAGGGGACUGGUCCGAGGGGCACUCCUGAUAUCAAUGUCUACGCUGAUGAGGACGCUGGAUUCAUUGCUGAUCACAACCUGGUAGAAGAUGCUGGCCAGGAAGUUGUGAAUAGCAUGGUGGAGGAGAAGAACAAUGAAGGCAUGAGCACUGUCCUCCAUGAGGAUGAUAAAGAUAGCGCCCAAGAAAUGGAUGGGAACCUUGACCUGCAGGAAGCAGACGACGCGAUGACUGAUGACUCUAACGAAUCUAUGGAUGAAACACGCCUCAGCACUUUCUCCGCCAUUCCAGAUAUGACCACUUUUGCGCAACUUCGAAAUGAUUCGCCUUACAAGACAUCGCGGCCUCAUCUGAGUGACGCGGAACUGGCCAGCCCUUCCCCCGCAAGGAAGUCUCCUCGACGAAGCAUUCUCAAUAACAUGGGAAGCUCUCUUGCAUCCCCUCUACCACGGAAGCGAGAAUCAAGAAGCAUCCAUGAUACCCCUAAUUUGCUUGAUUUGACCGAUCAGCCGAAUAUUUACCCCCGUCAACGUUACAGUGUACAAAACGAGCGCUACUCUCCUUCCCGCCGGUCUCCCUUGAGGACUGCCAGAGAUUCCGUGAGAUCACCUGCGAAGGCUUCCCUUUUGGAUUUCGACAUUCCUUCUGUGCCUACUCCUCGGUCAAUUCCAACGGUCACCCCUCGGGAGCUUGAGACUCUGAAAUCCGGCUUCCUCUCCGAGAUCUCUUCCCUCAAGGCGACUCUCAGCGGAAAGGAGGCGGAGGUUGCCAGCCUCAAACAGGCAGUUGCAGAUGCGGAACGUCGUGUGGGGGAAGCUCUGGAAGAGGUCCGUAACGAAGUUGCGCGCAAGGAAACCCUGGAAUUCGAGCAAGCUGAGUGGGAACGAAGGGGCCAAGAAAUGGAAGCAAUCCUUAGAGAAGUGAGAGCGGAAAUUGUUGAGGGAGAACAAGAGAAGGAACGAUUGGCACGGAAAUUGGAUGAGGCAGAGAAGUCUAGAGAGCAGUUAGAGGGCAGAGUAGUCGAACUGGAGAGCCAGUUGGCUUCGGCUCUCCAGUCUGCCUCCGCUGGCAACGCAGCACCUGAGAAUACGUCUCGCACCAAGACAUCCGAGGAGACCGCCAAGGAAGUGCAGGACGCCGUGGAAAAGGUUGCACGUGAGCUUCAUACGCUUUACAAGAGCAAGCACGAAACCAAGGUUGCUGCAUUGAAGAAGAGUUACGAAGCUCGCUGGGAAAAGCGCGUGCGUGAAGCCGAGAAUAAGCUGACAGCCGCCAACGAAGAGAAUGAGCGAUUGAAGAUAGAGCGAGAUGCCGCCAUGUCAGAGCCCCCACGAGUCGACCCCAGUUUAUUGUCACACGAGCGGGAGGAGCACGAAGCAGAGAAGCGUGUGCUGGAGGCACAGAUCAACGGCUUACAACAGGAAAUGACGGCACUGAAAGAAGACAACGAACGCCUGCACGCGGAGCUGAAGCAGGAGCGAGCAGAGAAAGGCGAGUUGGUGGCAGCCGUGGAUGAAUGGUUGGCAAUCCAGCAGGACCAGCCCCCAGCACAGGGCGACCCCCAGCCUUUGACCACCAGAGAGCUUGAGUCGCCAGAGCCAGUGCUUGUUGCCCCGGAACCACCCACUGGGAGUUUCCAAAGAAGCGUAAGCCAUGGCAGCACCUCGAGUGGCAUUCGUCCUCCAAGUACCACCUCGAGCAAUGGUGAAAAGAGAAUCCCUAAAAUCGGAGCAAUGGGCAACAGACAUGCUCGAGGCAACAGCGGCAGCAAGUCCGGAAUUGCGGUUCCCACACCCGGACGAAGUGGUAUCAUGGGAUCCAUUGAACGAAUGGGCCGUGGCGGUGCUUAA